AUGGCAGCCUUUUCCGUCAUCGCGCUGUCAACGUUCGUCGUGGUGGCCUUGACCCCGCCCGCGCUUUACAUCAUCACGAUCUUGGGGAACAUCGCGUUCUCUGUCGCCGUGGGAUUCAUGGUCAGGCGGGUUGUGAACGCAAACUACGCUCUGAACCUUCCUGCUGCGAACAAGUCGGUCUUCAUCACAGGAUGUGACACGGGCCUUGGUUACGUAGCUGCAGUGGCCCUGCAUAGAAAGGGCUUCAUUGUAUUCGCUGGCUGCCUCGAUCAGUACUCGGAGGGGGCGCUGUACCUCAAGUCAUCGGGUAUAAUAGUGCUUCACGUUGACUACCUCAGGCCUGACACCAUCGAAAAUGCAUACAGAAAGAUCUGCGACGUUCUCAACGGCGUAGAUCUGUGGGCCAUCGUCGCCAAUGCCGGUGUGAGCAGUUACGGAGAAGUUGAAUGGAUGAAGCCCAACGAGCUCCAGAGGCUCAUCGACGUCAACCUCGUGGGAACACUCAAGUUCGUCGGGACCGGCAUUCCUCAAAUCCGGCGGAGCACUGGACGAAUCGCCAUAGUCACGGGACUUCAGGGUAAAAGCGAGGCAAACACCAUCCAAGGAUAUACUAUACGGGUAGCAAGUCGACUGUCCAUACCUGGAAUGGCGGUGGCGUCGGCGACGACAGCGGCCCUCUGCCAGUAUGCCGACGGCCUGCGCCGAGAGCUCAGAAAAUUUGGUGUGCAGGUGUCCGCAAUCGAGCCCGCCUUUUACAGGCAAGUUUUGGGUACUGUCGUAACAACACCACCACCAUAG